GAGGAGGAGGAGGAGGAGGUAGCAGGUGGAGGAGGGGGGAGGAAGAGCAGCAGGGCGGAGGAGGACACCCGCUCCAGCCCUGCCUCCUCCCCGCCUGCGAGCACACGGCAGCCGGGCGUGCACACGCAGCAACAAAGGGACACUCGGAGCGACUGUGACAUCAAAUGAUUGCAAGACAACUUUCAAUCUUUUUCUCCCCCCCCCACACGCACACACACACGUUCUGCUUACAUCUCGCAGGGUGUAAAAGCACCGCCAAACAUGGAACUGGAGCACUUUGACGAGCGUGACAAGGCGCAGAGGUAUGCCCGCCGGGGCUCCAGGGGCAACGGGCUCCCCAGUCCCACUCACAGCGCCCACUGCAGCCUGUACCGAACCAGGACGCUGCAGGCGCUGAGCUCGGAGAAGAAGGCCAAGAAGGUUCGCUUCUACCGCAACGGGGACCGCUACUUCCAAGGGAUCGUGUACGCCAUUUCCCAGGACAGGUUCCGCUCCCUGGACGCGCUCCUGGCCGACCUCACGCGAGCGCUCUCGGACAACGUCAACCUACCGCAAGGGGUUCGGACCAUCUACUCAGUUGAUGGGAUGACGAGGAUCACUGGCAUGGAGCAGCUCGUGGAAGGAGAAAGCUAUGUGUGUGCCUCCUUUGAGCCCUACAAGAUGGUGGACUAUACCAAGAACGUCAACCCCAACUGGUCAGCCGGCGCCUGGACCGCCGUCGCGGGCCCCCGCGACCCGCCCUCCCUCGGCAGCGCCAGGGUCGGCUCGCCGGAGACCCGGGAGAGCAAGGACUUCAUCAAGCCCAAGCUGGUGACCAUAAUCCGCAGCGGCGUGAAGCCCCGCAAGGCCGUGCGCGUCCUGCUCAACAAGAAGACGGCGCACUCGUUCGAGCAGGUCUUGACGGACAUCACCGACGCCAUUAAGCUGGACAGCGGCGCCGUCAAAAGGCUGUUCACGGUGGACGGGAAGGCGGUUACGUGCCUCCAGGACUUUUUUGGAGAAGAUGACAUCUUCUUCGCUUGUGGGCCUGAAAAAUACCGCUACCAAGAUGACUUGAGUUUGGACGAACGUGAUUGCAGGGUGGCCAAGUCGGCCUCCUACGGUCGACUUCCCUCGGUGCACGGUCGCUGUUCUCCCAGAAGCGGCGGAAUGUCUCGCAGGAGCAAGUCACCCUCGUCGACCGGCUCAGCUAACGGGACUGCAGGCAGUCAGCUGUCCACCCCUCGAUCGGGAAAAUCACCUUGCCCCUCUCCCACCAGUCCUGGGAGCCACAGGAGACGGCAGGGAUCCCAGCACAGCGGCUCGUCCCUCUCCUUGGCUUCCACCAAGGUGUGCAGCUCCAUGGACGAAGGAGACGGACCCUGCAGCGAAGCUGAGCCCAUGGACGAGUACCCCGUCCCCGGCUCCAUCGCGGAGCGCUACAAAGUGGGCCGGACUUUAGGCAGCGGCAACUUCGCUGUUGUGCGAGAGUGUGUUGAGAGGUCCACGGGAAGAGAAUACGCCCUGAAGAUCAUCAGCAAGGACAAAUGCAGAGGAAAGGAGCACAUGAUCCAGAGCGAGGUGUCCAUCCUUCGCCGUGUCAAACAUCCCAACAUCGUGCUGCUGAUUGAAGAGAUGGACACCGGGAAUGAGAUUUAUCUCGUCAUGGAGUUAGUCAAGGGGGGCGACCUGUUUGACGCCAUCACCUCCUCCAGCAAAUACACAGAGCGCGACGCCAGCUGUAUGCUCUUCAACUUGGCCAGCGCCAUCAAGUACCUGCACGGCCUCAACAUCGUCCACAGAGACAUCAAACCAGAAAACCUGCUGGUUUACCAACAUCCCGACGGCAGCAAAUCUCUGAAGCUGGGCGACUUUGGCCUGGCCACCGUGGUCAACGGUUUCCUGUACACGGUGUGCGGCACGCCCACGUACGUGGCGCCGGAGAUCGUCGCCGAGAAGGGGUACGGCCUCAAGGUGGACAUUUGGGCUGCAGGUGUUAUCACUUACAUCCUGCUGUGUGGUUUUCCCCCCUUCAAUUGCAAGGGCGACGACCAAGCCGUUCUGUUUCAAGAGAUCCUGAGAGCCGAGCUGGAGUUCCCCGCGCCGCACUGGGACAACGUGUCGGACUCUGCCAAGGCUCUCAUCGCCGGCAUGCUGCAGGUGGACGUGGACCGACGACUCUCGGCCGCGCAGGUGCUGGAGCACCCGUGGGUUAAUGAGGACGGCGUGUCAGAGAACCAACGGCAGCUGCCGGUGGCCGUCAGGAUCAAGAAGAACUUCAACACUGGACCCAAGGGCAGCGGCACAACAGCAGGCGUGAUGCUCAUCACAAACACGCCGCUGGACAAGGAGAAGCAAGUUUUCCGUCAAAGACAACAACAUCCCAACUUCCCGCACGGGGCUCGCUCGUCCGCGUCGUCCGCGUCCCCCUGCGGCUCCAACCCCGUGGUCCUGUCCCCCGCCGACUUCACGUCCGAGUCGGAGGACUAUUCUCCGGGUUCGGCCGACACGGUGCGCUCCCCCGUGUCUCCGUUCUAAGCGCGUGCCAGGACGUCCGCCGUCUGCUCACCGCUGACUUUGGUGAGCUACGAACUGAACAGCAGUUCACCGGCCAAGAUUGUCUUUUUUUCCAAAUGAUUUUUGUGUCAUUGCUGAAGAGCAUGUUCGCAUACUGUUAGCUUAAUAGCAUAUUAGUUUAAGUCAUAUUUGAAUGUUUUCGGGAAAAAAAAAAUUUUUAGCAAGCACAAUGGUAUCUUUAUUGAUAUCGUAACCGUGAGAUAAAAAUGACAUAGGCAACUAUGCUGUGAGGCUAACAACAUGUUAUUCUGCUCUAAAAUUAAUUAUUUUUAUGAUUAUUCCACCAAUUUUUGCUAUCUGUUUCUUCCACAUUUCUCCAUGUAUUAAAACCAUUCCAUCUUCAAAAUAUUCACACUUCAUUCAGGACAUCUAGAGCACAAGUUCCGCCUUCCCCAAAUUCCCCCCCCAAUUUCUUUAUUCCACAUUUUCCGUGACAAUAUUCCCGCUUUCCGCAUUUCUGGAAUGAUUCAGACCAUUCCAACUUCAACCUGUUUCCUACAUUUCCACAAUAAAAUCCACUAAUUAAGAGAGAUUUUAUAAAUUCACCGUCUUCGUCCACAUUUCCCAUCCAAUUCGAAGCAUUUAAAGUCUCACGGUCAACAUGAAUGAUAUAAUAUUUCUACCUAAAUUGCAUUCUCUGGGUUUUAUGUAUUAUUCCAUCCAUUUGGGCUGUUCCACAUUCUCACAUUCAACGUUUGAGCAAUUCUGUUAACUCCACAGUGCAGUUCAGCAUCAGCUCUUCAGCAUUCACAUUCAUAAUUUCUGCAACAAAAAAAAACCAACAAUGUCAUUCUCUAGAUAACAGUUUAAUUUACAGGUUUCCCAAUACACAAAUCACGUGACUGUCGGGAGCCUUACUUCCUGCACAAGACGGUCACGAUUGUGUGCUGCGCAAACACCAACCUGCUUCACAGAACAUGAUUUAUUGAUUGCUUUAUUUAUUUACAAACGUGCAGCAUUUUUUUUCCCCAGCAAGCCGUUGCCGCUUUCCCGAAGGUUCUGGUGCAAAAUGUUCAACGCAACCUUCGUUUGAAUUUGCUGCUAUAAUGUUACCACGGGUGUUAUCUGUCCCGCGAUAUAUUUUUUAAAUCGCAUAAUGCUUGUAAUUCCGCGCUGACGGUUCAGAAAGCGACAUUGUUAGUGAGCACGUGGCGUGGAUUGCCGCGCCGUCAAAAAAGCACAGCGUUAAGUGUGUCUGAUGGAAUAAAUAAGCGAAUGAGAUGCAACAUGAGAAUCAAAUGGAAGCCACAUGAUGUAGCACAGUGCUUCCAGUCAAAUAUGAUAUGUUGUUCAUUCAAAAGUCAGCAUUUAUUUAUUUUUUUCUUUUUCGUAAAGAGCACGCGUGCAUCUUUUCAACGUGUCGUUCUGACUUGCAUCAAAUGUUUGUGUCCGCGGAUGUGCUGUAGCCGGCUUAUUUGUUGUGGUGGCGUCACGUCCGCGACCGAACGUGACGCCACGGUCUUGUUUUUAAAGGGCUGCUAAAAACGUUUGACUGAGCGAGGUUGAAACAAAUAGCACAAAUACUGAAUGAUUGUCUUAGUUUUUUUUUUUUUUUUUUUCCUUUCAAUGUUUCCUCUGCAGUGACAAUAAUAUAAACGGUACUCAACAGACAGAAAAUGUCACUUUAGUGUAACAAGACUUUAACAUGCCUGGAUGUAUUAUCUACAUUCAUAAUCCAUAUUAUAACUUCAAUGCAUAUGGGCUCCUUUCAAAGGGGACAUAUUCUAGAAAAUUGACUUUUUAACUGCUUGUAAACAAAUAAAAUCUGGAGUGCCUGCUCGCCUGUCAAGUGUGAAAUUAAACAACCGAGUCAAUCUUUUGUCAGCUGCCUAUUUCUGAA